AGGCUGAGGGAGGAAAGGAAGCCGGGCAGGGACAGAGAAACUGGAAGGGGUGCCUUCCCUGCUUUUUUUCCUGUCCCACCCAGUCUGCCUGUGCCCCUUUGCCCACUGGAAUUUUGGUCCCAGAGCAAAACCAUUUCAUUCCUUCUCUGUCAUUUGUGUUUCCACUGGAUUCCUUUGUCCUCGGGGUUUCUGUGUCUCUGUGUCUCUGUCUCGAUUUCAGAGGCUGAGGCCUCAGUUUCCCUAUCUGUAAAGGAAAGGGACUGAACGCUCUGGGUGUGUGUGUCUCUCAGUCUCUUUCCAGUCUCUCUGUGGUGUCUCUGUCUCGAUUUCAGACGCUGAAGCCUCAGUUUCCCUAUCUGUAAAGGAAGGGGCUGGCCUGGAGGGUCUCUGGGUCUCUCUCUUUCGGCUUUACUCGGGCUCUGGGUGUGUGUGGCUCCCCGUCUCUUUCGAGUCUCGGUAUCUCUGCGGUGUCUCUGUCUCCCUCCCACUUGGAGCAGUGUGACUGGCUCUUUAUCCCCAGCCAGUUAGACUGGAAAGGGAGAAGACUCUUACUAGCACCAUGACCGGCCUCCCAACCCCACCUCUUCCAAAAGAAGAGCUGAUGUCCACUCCGCUGCUACAGGCGACUGAAACCCUGACUCCUACAGCUGUUGCCAACACUGCUGUCAUCGCAGGUGUGAUCACAGUGGUUUUCUUCACUCUGCUCUCAGUCCUGGUUGUAAUCAUCAUUUACCUGUACAAGAACAAAGGCAGCUAUAUCACCUACGAGCCGCCCGAAGGAGAAGCCAGUGCCACUCUGCAAAUGGAGAGUGAUUCAGUCCAAGGGAAGAAGGAGGAAUAUUUCAUCUGAUGACUGCCCCCAAACGCCUCUGGCCUCUCGAUGCCAGGCUUGGGAACAGAGGGAUUAAUUUAUUAGGUGAAAAAUGUGUCAAAAGCCAGAGAUGGGUGUUGAUAAUCUGAGCUCUCUCCGGGUCAGGAUCCAGGAAUAUUCCUGGUCUGGGUGCCAGGAGCAGAGACCUGGGGGACCAGGGAAGUACAGAAAGCAGAUUCUGAUGCCGUUAGCUAAGCUUGUCAUGGCUCCCAGUGUCAUAGACCAAAUGGCCUGUAUACUUAAACAAGGUAGGAUGAACUAACAGGUGGGCAUUUACCCAGGACUUCUGCACUCUUGCUUGGUGGGCAAACAGUGAUGGGAGUUGCCCAGUCCUACCCCAUAUUCUGCCUCCUGGCUGCCUAUAACUCAUGAAGAGCCCUCAUGAGGGGCCCCCAAAACUCAUCUGGUGCCCUGAUAACUAGUGCAGUCAGCUUGGGGAGAGGAAGGGUGGGGUGAUGGGGGUAAAAAUUGAACACAUCCGCUGAGCUCACCUGGGCUGUACCCUUUCCUGGAGCCCUCUGCUUCCUAGUCCACUCUGAUUCCCAAUCCAAUCUUGUAUUAGUGAUAUCUUUUUUAUCAGAAUUAAAACUUUUUAUUACAAGA